UUUUCACCAUACUUCUUCAAUCGCAGGACCAACCUCUCUCUUUCUCUCUCUCUUUAUCUCUCUCUCUCUCUAAACUAGCCAUGACUAAUGGCUUUAGUGAGAAGGUGAAUUUCUCAACACCAAGAAGCUUUGCCACCACAUUCAAAUCCGAUCUGAAAGAGACAUUCUUCCCAGACGAUCCAUUCCGGCAUUUCAAGAACGAACCAGGCGCGCUAGGUCGAACUAAGAAGGCGUUUCAAUACUUCAUCCCCGUCUUCGAAUGGCUUCCCAGAUACAAUUUCCGUCUCUUUCGCUACGAUCUCCUCUCUGGAAUCACCAUUGCUAGUCUUGCCAUUCCUCAAGGAAUUAGUUACGCAAAACUCGCUAACAUUCCUCCUAUCAUUGGCCUCUAUUCAAGCUUUGUGCCUCCUCUGGUUUACGCCGUUUUUGGAAGUUCAAGAGAUCUCGCGGUUGGGACUGUUGCCGCUGCGUCAUUGCUUCUGGCUGCAACUCUUGGAGAAAAAGUAUCCGCCAUUGAUGAUCCUGCUUUGUAUCUUCGAUUGAUUUUUACCUCGGCUUUCUUCACCGGAAUUUUUCAGUUGGCUUUAGGGAUUUUCAGAUUAGGAAUUCUUGUUGAUUUCUUGUCUCAUUCAACCAUAAUUGGAUUUAUGGGAGGAACUGCAACGAUCAUCAGUCUGCAACAACUGAAGGGAAUAUUUGGUUUGAAGCAUUUCACGACUAAAACCGAUGUAGUCUCUGUUCUAAAAGCAAUUAUCAUCGCGAGGAAGGAGUGGCGAUGGGAGAGUGCAGUUUUAGGAGUUUGCUUUCUUGCAUUCCUCCUUCUCACCAAGUUCCUGGUGAAAAACAGGCCAAAGCUAUUUUGGGUAUCUGCAAUUUCUCCAAUGGCGACCGUAAUAGUGGGCUGUGUUUUCGCUUACUUAAUUCAUGGGGAGAAACAUGGCAUCGUAACUGUGGGUCACUUGAGUAAAGGAUUAAAUCCUCUAUCUAUUAAACAAUUAAACUUCAAUUCUGAGUAUCUUCCAGUAACUAUAAAAGCUGGGAUGAUCACAGGCUUCUUGGCUUUAGCUGAAGGAAUAGCUAUAGGAAGGAGUUUCUCUGUAAUGAAAGGUUACCAAAUAGAUGGAAAUAAAGAGAUGGUAGCUUAUGGGGUUAUGAACCUUGUUGGUUCCCUCACUUCAUGUUACUUGACCACAGGUCCAUUUUCAAAAACUGCGGUUAAUUACAAUGCUGGAUGUAAGACGCAAAUGUCAAACGUAGUAAUGUCUUUGUGUAUGAUGCUUGUUCUAUUACUCUUGGCUCCUCUCUUCAGCUACACCCCUCAAGUGGCUCUCUCUGCAAUUAUCAUGGCUGCAAUGUUUGGGCUCAUCAAGUACGACGAAGCUUAUCGCCUAUUCAAGGUUGAUAAGUUCGACUUCUGCAUUUGUAUGGCUGCUUUCUUGGGUGUCAGCUUCCUUAGCAUGGACAUCGGCCUUAUGUUAUCGGUAGGACUAUCAAUAGUUAGAGCGCUUCUAUAUGUAGCCAGGCCGGGUUCUACCAAGCUUGGGAAGAUUCCGAGCUCGACCAUUUUUCGUGAUAUAGAGCAGUACCCUAGUGCAACUGGGGUCCCUGGCAUUCUUAUUCUACAAUUGGGAUCUCCUGUUUACUUUGCUAAUUCUGGUUACAUUAGAGAAAAGAUCACAAAGUGGAUUGAAGAUGAACUGGAUACAAAAGACUUAAAAGGACAUGACCUUGAGCAUCUUAUACUGGACUUUGGAGGAGUUACAUCUAUUGACAUGACUGGCAUUGAAAUGUUAUUUGAAGUGCAAAAGGACAUUGCCAAGAGAGGAAUUAAGGUGGCAAUAGUAAAUCCUAGGGUAGCAGUGUUGGAGAAGUUGAUAAUAUCA